AUGGCUUCUAAAUCACUUGUUCUAGGCUUCUUCCUCUGCCUCCUUAGCACCACUGCUCUCGCCACCACUCGCUCGACUCACCUCGGCGGCCCUGAGUUCUGCAACCUACAGCAACUGUAUGCCACCCAGCCUAACCAACUGUUUCAGUUUGAAGGUGGUUCCAUUGAACGAUGGGAUGUAAAUGAUGAACAGUUUCAGUGUGUCAAUGUGGAGCCUGCCAGGGUUACUAUCCAACCCAACUCCCUUUUUGUUCCUAGCUUCCAUCCAUCUCCUAUGCUUGUCUUCAUUGAAGAAGGUGAAGGAAUCAUGGGAGUACACUUCCCUGGAUGUGCCGAGACAUUCGACACUGGUGUCCAACAACAACAGCAACAACAACAAUCCCGUCGUAUGCGCGAGCAAGGACAACAACAAUUUAGUGAAGAAGGCGAUUCUCACCAGAAUGUACACCGCUUUAAACGAGGUGACAUCAUCGCUAUUCCUGCUGGCGUUGUCCAUUGGGCUUACAACGAUGGCAACCAACAAGUUGUUGCUAUCAUCAUGAAUGACAUCAACAACCCCUCUAACCAACUCGACUUGAGCCCCAGAACAUUUUUCCUUGCUGGUGGAAUUACAAACCAACACAUUCAAGGACAACAACAAGGUCACCAACAAAGGAGGCAGGGACAGCAGCAGCAAGGAUACAUGAACAUGAACAACAUCUUUUCCGGUUUCGACACCGAAUUACUCGCUGAGGCUUACAACACUGACCCAGAAAUCAUCCAGAGCAUGCAAAGGUCAACUGAAAAUGGGGUCAUUGUCACAGUCAAGGAACCCAUGAGAUUUGUGACUCCAGAAUACGAACAACAAGGACAGUUCCAUCAUCAGUCACGACGACAACAACAAGGCGGUCCAUCAAACGGCCUUGAAGAGAAAAUCUGCAGCUCUAAAGUUCUGUUCAACUUAGAUAACCAAAGAGAAGCCGACGUCUUUUCUCGACAAGCUGGAAAACUCAACACUGUCACCGAACACAAGUUGCCCAUCCUUUCUUACAUGGACUUCAGCGCCGAAAAAGGAAUUCUUCAAGAGAACGCAAUGUUAUCACCACACUGGUCGAUAAACAGCCACACCGUGGUCUACGUGCUCAACGGGGAUGCACGAAUCCAGGUCGUGUCAAACAACGGACAAGCAGUGUUGGACCAACAAGUGAACAGAGGUGACAUGUUUGUCGUCCCACAGUUCUUCGCAUCAACUGCUCAAGCUGGACAGAACGGGUUCGAAUGGGUGGCAUUCAAGACCAACAAGUCUCCAAUGAAGAGCCCGUUAGCAGGGUACACAUCAGUGAUCCGAGCCAUGCCACUUCAAGUGGUCGCAAACGCAUACUCUGUCUCGCCUAGCCAGGCCCAGAGCUUGAAAACCAACAGGGAGACCGAAAGUCUUUUGUUCUCUCCGCAAAGAACUAGCCGAAUUUCUUAA